GCAGACAACGUGUGUUGUGAAUGUUUUUGCAUUCAUCCGAAUCGUAUUGGUUGCUCCGGUUGUCACGUCUGAGCGAGACAGUCGGUGCGUCCGGUAAAGUGAGCUCCGACGCCGUCCCCGUUCAUCGCAGCGGGUGGCGCGACUGGAACACGUCGGUUGGUGCGUGCGUAAAGACGGAGCGCGGAGCUGUCGGGUCGAGAUCAGGCGGACGGUGAGCCGCCGAGUGACGCCGGGCAGACAUGCGGCACCCGGGGGUCUCUCUCGCUCUCUCAGGACCUUCAUAUCACCCCACACUGUGCCAACCCAGUAGAAACCAGUAGAGUCCAGUGAAGGCCCCGGCUGCAUCGGCAGAAAUGGCUCCUGCAGCCAUGUCUGUGCCUCCAUCCCCUCCCCGCCUCUCACCCCUCCUCUCCUUGUUCCUCUCCUUCUUCCUGCUCCUGUCAUGUCCUGGACCGGUCCAAGCGGGUUCAUCGGAGAAAAACUGUUCAGCCAGUGAAAUCGUCUGUCAGGACGGAGUGGUGCUGCCCGUGUGGAACCCUCAGAACCCCUCUGUAGGGGACAAAGUGGCACGGGCCAUUGUUUACUUCGUAGCACUCAUCUACAUGUUCCUGGGCAUGAGCAUUAUAGCAGACCGAUUCAUGUCGUCUAUAGAGGUCAUAACCUCCCAGGAGAAGGAGAUCACCAUUAAGAAGCCAAAUGGUGAGACGACUACGACCACAGUCAGAAUCUGGAAUGAGACCGUUUCCAAUCUCACUCUAAUGGCCUUGGGUUCUAGUGCCCCGGAGAUCCUGCUGUCUGUUAUUGAGGUGUGCGGUCACGAUUUUGAGGCCGGCUCUCUGGGUCCCAGCACCAUCGUUGGUAGUGCUGCAUUCAACAUGUUCGUCAUCAUCGCCUUGUGUGUGUACGUGGUUCCUGAUGGAGAGACGCGCAAAAUCAAACACCUCCGGGUGUUUUUUGUCACAGCAGCAUGGAGUAUCUUUGCCUACAUCUGGCUCUACUUAAUUCUGAGUGUCUUCUCGCCCGGGGAAGUGGAGAUAUGGGAGGCAGUGCUGACCUUCCUCUUCUUCCCCCUCUGCGUGGUCCAGGCCUGGGUGGCCGACCGCCGCCUCCUCGUCUACAAGUUUGUCCGCAAGCGUUACCGUGCCGCCAAGAACCACGGCAUCAUCAUUGAGACUGAGGGUGGGGCGGACGAAGGCAUGGACGGGGGAGUAGGGGGAGGAGCGCUCGGUCCGGGUGGGUUCACCAAGAUGGACAUGCUUGAGCUGGACGGGCAGAUGGCGUUGAACAGUCACAGUGGGAUGGAUGGAGGGUUGAUGGAAGAGGGAGGAGCAAAGGACGAGCAGAACGAGGCCAGGAAGGGCAUGGCGAGGAACCUCAAAGAUCUGAAGCAGAGGCACCCGGAUAAGGACAUGGAGCAGCUGAUCGAGAUGGCAAAUUAUCAGGUCCUCAUGCAGCAGCAGAAGAGCAGAGCAUUCUAUCGUAUCCAAGCAACCAGGAUGAUGAUCGGCGCCGGCAACAUCCUCAAGAAGCACGCCGCCGACCAGGCUCGCAAGGUGGUGAGCAGCCAUGAGACCCAUGCCCAGGAGGACGACCCUCACACCAUCCGGAUGGACUUUGAACCCCCUUUGUACCAGUGCUUUGAAAACUGUGGUUCCCUGAAACUGACUGUCGCCAGACAUGGAGGAGACUCUGGAGUCACUGUCAAGGUGGAUUAUCGCACGGAGGAUGGUACAGCGAACGCAGGUUCAGAUUAUGAGUUUGCAGAGGGAACACUGAUGUUUAAGCCUGGAGAGAACCUCAAAGAGAUCACAGUCGGAGUGAUCGACGAUGACAUCUUUGAAGAGGAUGAGUAUUUCUACGUCCACCUCAGUAACCCCCGAGUGGUUGGUUAUCCUGAGAUCGGCACCGCCCCCCUGGAUGCUAGUGCCACCCCCAAAGCUGUGCUGGGCGAAAACCACACAGCCACAGUGACCAUCUACGAUGACGACCACGCAGGUAUCUUUACCUUUGAGAGUGCCAGUCAGAGGGUGAGUGAGAGCGUAGGUGUGAUGGAGGUGAAGGUGCUCAGGACUUCAGGGGCCCGGGGCCUGGUUGCCGUCCCCUAUCGGACCGUGGAUGGCACCGCUAAGGGAGGGGAGGACUACGAACUGGCCUCUGGCAAGCUGGAGUUUCAGAACGACGAGACUAUGAAGAUCGUCAAGGUGAAGAUCAUUGAUGAUGAAGAGUAUGAGAAGAACAAGACUUUCACCAUCGAGCUGGGGGAGCCAGUUCUGUUGGAGAUAGGACAGAAACACGGCGACUCCAAUGAGAACAAGCCAUUGGUGGGAGCAGAGGACGAAGAGGUGGCUAAGAUGGGCUGUCCCAGUCUGGGUGAACACACACAAGUAGAAGUGGUCAUUGAAGAGUCCUACGAGUUUAAGAAAGCAGUUAAUACGCUUAUUAGACGUGCUGAAAAGAGUACGGUAGAUAAGCUGAUCAAGAAGACAAACCUGGCCUUGGUGGUGGGAAGCAGCAGCUGGAGGGAGCAGUUUGUCAGUGCCGUUACUGUCAGUGCAGGAGACGACGACGAGGAGGAGAGUGGCGAGGAGCGGCUGCCGUCCUGCUUCGACUACAUCAUGCACUUCCUCACCGUCUUCUGGAAGGUCCUGUUCGCCUUCGUUCCCCCCACCGAGUACUGGAACGGCUGGGCCUGCUUCAUUGUCUCCAUAUCGCUCAUCGGCGUCCUGACGGCAGUCACCGGCGAUCUGGCGUCACACUUUGGCUGCACGAUAGGCCUGAAGGAUUCUGUGACCGCUGUGGUGUUCGUGGCCCUGGGGACAUCAGUGCCAGACACAUUCGCCAGCAAAGUCGCAGCGAUCCAGGACCAGUAUGCCGACGCCUCCAUCGGCAACGUCACGGGCUCCAACGCCGUCAACGUCUUCCUGGGCAUUGGCGUGGCGUGGACCAUUGCAGCCGUCGCCUGGCGCACCAGGGGCAAACCCUUCAAGGUGGACCCAGGAAACCUGGCCUUCUCUGUCACCGUCUUCACCACGAUGGCCGUGUUCUGUGUGUUCACACUGCUGUACCGGCGGCGGGCCACGGUGGCCGGGGGGGAGCUGGGCGGGCCGCGGACUUGCAAGUUGGUCACGUCGCUGAUGUUCGUUUCGCUGUGGCUGAUCUACAUCAUGCUGGCUUCACUGGAGGCCUACUGCCAUAUACCGUUUUAAAUGGAGAGCAGAGGGGAAGGGGGGGGGGGAGACAGAGAGAGAGAGAGAGAUGAAGACAGAGAGAGAGGGGGGGGGGGGGGGGGGGGGGAGGGAUGAAUCUUCAAGAACGGAAAGGGAUGAGAUGAGGUGGGAAACAGAGCAGAUUGAUAUGGGCCAGAUCUUCAAUUUUCCUUUUCACAAGCCCAAUAUAUACUUUUUUUCCAGUGUAUAUUUAUUUAGCAUUACCAACACCUCUUUUAGACCCAGAGACUCAACAGUCUAUCUGGUGAUGGAGAAACUUCUAGGAUACAUCAACCCCCUUCUGAGUUACGAAUGAUUCAAAGCAUAAGUGACAAAUUCCAGUGCAGGUUUUAAAGAGCACUUUUUAUGUAGCUGUUCAUCAGCAGUGGACAACUCUUGUUCCACUAUACUGCCAAAACCAGCAGGAGAGAAGAAGAGGACUCAGAAAUGAGAGAGCUCUUCACAGGGAGGUAGUGUAGGUGAGGAGGAAAUAGGCUGGAGGCAAGAAUACGAAAGAAAAGAAGAAUACAUGGGCCAGAUUAUUCUACAACCCCCCCUCACUCUCUCUUGCUUCUUCUGUCAUAACUCAAGCUCCUUGACACAGGAACAGUUGGAUUCUCCAAUCACACCUGUUAAACUCUAUCCAGUACUAUCAGUGACUUAUGACUUUUGACCUCUCCUCUGCCAACAGUGCACACACACAAACACACACAAACACACUUUGGGACCCUCAACUGAUUCUGCAACACAGGACAACUGGAAAACUAACAACCUUUUUUCUUUUCUUCAUUCCACCUCUUCUUGAAUACACUGUGCAAAAUAAUCUCCCCACCCCGCAACACACACACACACACACACACACACACACACACACACACGAACUGUACACACUCCUCCAUCCCUCCCUCUUGCCUUACUCUAAUCCCCCCUGUAGGAUGUGUCUUAAAGUUGUGAUAAUGAAACGCUGUAGACACCACGCACCAACCCUCUUUUUAAUUUAGCCAAUCCCAAGCCCCUCUCCUUUUAAUCAAGUCUCGUUAAAGGAAACUUAACCCUGCCCCACCCCCCACCCCUUUUUCGAAACUUUUCAAUGGCGUCACGUGUUGAUGUUGUUACCGUGCAAUUGUAAAAAACAAAAUGAAGAAAAAAAGAAGACAUAUAAAUACAGUAUGAUGAGAGUUGUCAAGAACAUGUGCUUUGGAAGAUAUUGGAUUAGCAGCUGGACAAAGUGGAGAGAGGAUGAGGAAGAGAAGAAGAUAUGUCUGAUGAGUCAAAGUUCUGGAGAACCAAGGAGCAAGCAGUCCUCCUCGAAAGAGCUUGGUCUCGCGGUGAAGAACCAUUGUGCACUACAGAUUGUGAGAUACACUGUUUACACUCAAGUUCCACUAACUUACAGGGAAAUGGAGAUAACUGGAGCAAAGCGGGACAAUAAACGGGUCACAAGAAGGACCAAUCAGAAGGAAGGAGCCCACUGAGGACCUCGCUUGGCAACGACUGGGAAGAUGAUGCCGAGGGCCGUGUUGAUGAUGAGGAAUCAAACUGCGACCGUACCCAGUGUUUCUAGUCGUACGUGAUAUUAUAAGAAACAUUUAAAGAUGUGUGUGUGUGUGUUAGUGUGUGCUACAACACUGAUAUUUCAUUGAUGUUGAGUUGUUCCCAGUUGUGAGGAAAUCCCUGGAGGAAGACGAGAAGGAGCCACGCGCCCUUUUGCAGUGCAGGGAGAUGUUAUGAGGAAAUCCAUCGCUGCGGCUGUGGGACGGGGACAAUAAAAGCCCAGACGGAGGGAAGAGUCGAAUGCUCUGAGGGACGUAUGUGGCAGCUCUGAUAUAUCGUGUCUGUUGUGCAGCAGUUGUAACAUUGGGACGUUUCUUUGUACUCAAAAAGAAACGAUAAAAACCCAGCAGUCUCUGUUAUCCAAAGAUUUGAUAGAAGAGUACUGUCACAGAUCACAGGUAGGGACACUUCUUAUUUUGUAAGUGUUCCGUUUCACCGUGAAGUCAUUGAACUAGUCCCACCGGCUGGCAGCUGUAGUUAAACAAAAAGAAGGGGACAAUUUAAGUUCAUAAAGGUGAUCUCAGCUCAACGUUAUGGUUUCAAGUCCUUAUCACAAGCUCUGCUCUUCCUUCUGCUUUGGCGACAGGUUGUUUGACUCGGGCGUGCGUUGAAAAAGGAAGACGAUGCUAAAUUGAUGCCAUAUAAACUGUCUCGUCAUCGUCUGUGCGAGAAAGUGUGAAAGCCCACAUUUACAUUAGGUCUGUGUUAAUACUCCUGUCCUGCCCAAGGGUUAGACUGCAGCUGGACAGAAGGGACAGCAUAUGGCCUGUCAGUGCACAUUACUAUUAAAUGCCGUGCAAACAACAGCACAAGGGGGGACAGAAAACAACAAUUUACCUGUCCACCAUCUGACUUGUUUAAUAUGCACAAAAUGCCGCGCUGCUUUCUGCCCGCUGAGGAUGCUGUCCUCUCAAAGUCAGCUCAGUCGUGACCAGGACACACCGACACCAGCUCGACUGGCGCAGCCUCGCCAAGGUCGCCCCGAUUAUUUCACCGUCUCCGUUUCUCCAUUUCCGUAGUGCACAGCAUCUUUAAACCUGGGAGUGGAGCCGACGUGACGCAGGCCAUCAGCCGGGUUGCCAGGUUUUGACAUGACAUGCACGUUGGCAUGUCUCCUGGCCCACUGAGACGCCGAGACGCCUGCCAGGCGUAACUCCUUUUCUCAAUGACUUAAGCGUCUGUUUCAGAAUGAGUGGGCAGGAUAAUAGUCCUGCUGAUGCCACGGGAACACAAGAACGCCGGGACUGAUUUAGACAUGUAGGCUUUUUAAAGGUUGAUGAGCCUUUUGCCGGAGUGUGCGCUCGUGUGUGGAUGCUUCCUAAAUGCAACCAUAUUUUUAGCCUCUUGCCUGUUGCUUAGUGACCAUCUAUCUGGAAGCCGAUGUCUUCUUGGCUGUCGCAGGUGUAUGUGAGGCGUGCGUGUGUGAGAGAAAUUCUCUGUUGAUGUUUCUUCCUUUUUUUGCUCGUCCUUUCCUUCAGUGAAGUUUCUCAAUCAUUUUUUUUCUGUCUAAGCAGGUGAUUAUCAUCAUAUGUUACCCAUCAUAUGUUCAUCUUAUGCACACGCGUGUGUGUGUCCGCGUGUGUGUAGCUGUUGUAAUCUGCCGGGGUUCACCCUGUGUCCCUGGCGGACUCCCAUACGCUAGAUUAAUGAAUUAGAUGCCAAAAUGUCCAGGGUUGGAUUCCCUCCCGUGUGUGAGGGGGGUUUGCGUGUACACACAUCUGUCAAAUUAGAUUAGAUAAAUAAUAUUUCUGGCUGCCGAUUGAGUCGGAAUUGAUGGUGGCAACGCUGCUUGAGAAAGUGUGUGUGUGUGUGAUAACUCCAUCACUGUCAUACACUAUAGUUGUGAGGACGCUCAUCGUCACAAGCUAUUCCAGAGCUCCUUUACCCGAAACCUCAAGCAUCACAACUUGAUGCCAAACACCGAACUCUAACCUGAAGCUUAAAACCGCGUGUUUAACCCUCAAACUGCCAUUUGAAGUUGAGGACGGGCCUCGCUCCAACUGGGUCUUGGACGGUCACUGUCUGCAGAACAAAGAUCCGUGAGAGCUGAUAUUCGGCAGCAGGUCCCAUUAGUUCGAGGUGUGAGCACUUGGUCUCUCGGGCUGCUUCGUUGUGGGCGUGUUCGCAGACAUUUCGUUAAUGGAAUCUGACUUUGGGAUGCAGAGAUUUUGUGUUCAGUUUCAAACCUGGAGGCUGGCAUCUUUCCUAGUGAGAAGUUUUUGCAUGUUUCUAUGGGACAGAUCUUCUGACAACAUGUAGGAGUGGGGUUGGUCACGAAGGCGAAGCGGUCUUGUCACCUGGAGACCAGAGGUGUUCAGUGUGAGAGAUUAUGAAACAUGAUGCGAUGAAUAAGCAGAUGAAGCGUAGAAACCAGGACAUUGUGAAGGAAUCCAGUGAUUUUGUAAAACUCAUUUUUACGAAGCAUUUAUGAAGCACCCUGCAUCUCUUUACCACAGAGUGGAGAACCUGUUGUUUCUGGAUGGAAAUGUUCCCAUUGAAAACUUCAGUUUUCUCAGUGUUACUCAUCACAGAAACCCGGGACUCCGAGUCAAGUUAAUGUCAUGGGUUUUAAUAUACCAAAUUUUUAUUCUUGGAUUAUUUAACAAUUUCAGGUGUUAAAAGUAUUUAUUUUAUCUAUUUUAUUAUGAUCUUCAUUGAUAUUCAACACUUCAGAUGUUCCCCAGACGAGUGUUAACCAGCCUCUUUAUGUGGAUCAGCAUGUUUGUUUCUCUACCUUUCCUUUCUCCGUCUCUCUCUACUGUUCCUCUCUACCUUACUAAUCUUUGUUUUAAUCAUUUUUACACUCAUCAUUUUAUUAACUUAUCAUGCAGUCCUAUUUAUGAGGUCACAAAGUGCUUUUGAUAUAAAUAAUUGGUAAUAUACUUUUUCCAUAUAUUUUAUUAUCGUAAUUCUGCUGUGGGCCUGUUUGUUUUUUUUUGUGUUGUUUUGGUGAAUAGUUUUGUAAAAAAAAAAAGAAAAAAAAGCCCUCAGAGAGUAGAACAGCCAAUUAGCACAGAAACAAAUGGAUCGUGCUCUUUACCUUUUUAGUGUGUGUCAGUGUGUGUAUGUGCGUGUGUGGGGACACGUGCAUUUCUUCAUAUCAUUCCAUCCACGAGUGUGUCCAUGCAUGAAUUAAACUCAUUCUGAAUACAGUGUUGAUGUUGCAAACGUCGUAGUAAAAAGUAUUUUUAAAUGCUUAAAAUUGACAUGACACGAAAAAAUGAUAUAUGUUUACAAUGACCAAACUUUUCUUUUCUUUCCCCCCCUCCCCCCCCGUCAAAGAUGAAAUAAAAACUUGACUGGCAAACACCGCCAAACUGUGUGGGUCUUUUUCCACAGAUGAAGUCUAAACUCGUGUAAGGUUAGGGAUAAAUUUGUCAACUCUUAAAUCCAACAUCAACGACGCAAUUAGAAAACGACCCUCUACGUCCUGAGCCACAGCCGCCCUCACUGGGCUACGUGGUCCCCCUCCCCAAUCUUAUGGAGUUCAGUGGUUAAUCCCUGUAGUGCCCCUUUAAAGGGCCUCCAGCGCAUCAUCAUUCA